AUGGCGUUUUUCACGUUUAAAUUGGGGUUUAUGGUGGCCACAAGCCCGCGCAGUUUUAUCAUUCAAUGCGACGGACAUUUGGCGCAAUUGGGCCAAAAACAUCGUCCACGAACCGGCCAGCUUACCCGCCACAGCGGCAAACCAUCCACGGCAACGUUUCUAACAGACGCAUCCGUGUACGGAAAGGUGGCGUUGCUUUCGAAGCGUGCGGGGGAAGUUCUUUCCGCAGACGGCGUGUGGGAGCACUCCCUACGAGGGAUGCCCCAAACGGUGACACGUGCCGUUAAUCUCGCAUUGUGGGUUUUUAAAACGCAUUUGACCGGCCCUUGGGCGUUCGCAUGCGUAGCGCAACGGUAA